UCGUGGCAGACUCUGACGACCAUGAAGACCGGCAUCUUCCUGCUCGCACUCCUGGUGGGUGCCCAGGCGGUACCGAGACCGCCGCCCUCGGAGCGGGAUGAGUGGAAGCCGCCACCAUCUGAGCGAGAUGACUCGCUGCCGCCCAUCAGCCCGCGCGCUGCCGACAUCGGCUGCGGCACUCACGUGCUCGCUGUGGGCUCCUACGCUAUCGAAUCCCCGAACCACCCGUCCAACUACGGCAACAACUUCGACUGCGAGUAUGACCUGAGCGGUGAGUCCGGCGCCCAGCUGACCCUGGCCUGUGAGGCGUUCAACCUGGAACAGCACAGCAGAUGCAGGUGGGACUGGCUGGCCGUAGGCGGCCAAAAGUACUGCGGCACCUCGGGACCCGCUGGCGUCUCGGGCUCCUCGCUGGCGAUCGCCUUCCACACCGACUACAGCGUCGUAAGGACAGGGUACAGGUGUAUCGUGACUGUCGGCGAUGCCGUCUCGGGGGACACGCUGGCCUGUGGAACUCACUCGCUCGCGGAGGGCACGUACGUUAUCCAGUCUCCCGGCCACCCGGGUAACUACGGCAACAACUUUGACUGCGACUACACCGUCACGGCGGCUGACGGCGGCAGCAUAGACUUCGAGUGUUCCGCCUUCGAUCUUGAGCGGAACUCGCGCUGCAAUUGGGACUGGCUCUCCGUGGACGGUCAGAAGUACUGCGGUACGGCGGGUCCGCCCGCUUCCUCCAGCUCAAGUUUCGCUAUCCAGUUCCACGCCGACUACAGCGUUGUUCGUACCGGGUACCGCUGCUCGCUGACGGUUGGCGGGGGCGGCGGGGGCGGCGGGGGCGGCGGGGGCUCAGAGCUUAGUUGCGGAGCUGCCACCCUGGCGAGAGGCAGCACCUACACCAUCAAGUCGACCAACCACCCGGCAAACUACGUCAACAACGAGGACUGUGACUACCAGCUGACAGCAGAGAACACGGGCGAUACCAUUUCCAUCUCCUGCUCAGCGUUUAACGUGGAGAGGCAUUCCCGGUGCUCCUGGGACUGGUUGUCCGUGAACGGUCAGAAGUUUUGUGGCACGGCGGGCCCCAGCGCCGUAACCUCGGUGUCGACGAUGGCCGUCCAGUGGCACUCGGACUACUCGGUGGUUAGGAGCGGCUUCCUCUGUCAGUUGGAGGUGACCGAAACUCAGGUGACCACUACGGCUGCACCGUCAGGCUCUUGUUGCUGCGGAAUUCCGAACCGCUCCUCCCGCAUCGUCGGCGGCGUGGAGACCGAGGUGAAUGAGUAUCCGUGGCAGGCGGGCCUGGUCAGCGCCGGCGGCACCCGCACCUGGUGCGGUGGCACCGUCAUCAACAACCGGUACGUGAUGACGGCGGCUCACUGUACGGUCGGAUCAUCACCCAGUCAGAUCGAGGUCCUGCUCAAGGAGCACCGCAUCAGCAACAGCGACGGCGAGAUUCGCGCCAGUGUGCAGCAGAUCAUCAACCACCCGAGCUACUCGUCCGCGUCCAGCUCCGGUUACGACUUCUCGCUGCUAAAGCUGACCAACCCCAUUACUUUCCCAAGCGACAACACCCUGGCGCCGGCCUGUCUGCCCACCGCCGGUAACGACUUUGUCGGCGCCGACGCAAUCGUCACCGGCUGGGGUACCACCAGCUCGGGCGGCUCACAGGCCACCACUCUGAGGGAGGUCACCGUGCCCGUCAUCUCCAACACCGUCUGCAGGUCGUCAUACAGCAGCAUCAACCCGUCCAUGAUCUGUGCCGGUCUCAGUGAGGGCGGCAAGGACUCGUGCCAGGGCGACAGCGGUGGCCCGAUGGUCACCCUCGAGUCCGACCGCUACUCCCUCAUCGGCGUCGUCUCGUGGGGUCGGGGCUGUGCUCUGCCCGGCUACCCGGGCGUGUACGCCCGAGUCACCGAGGUGCUGUCCUGGAUCCAGGCCAACACCGCCGACGGCACCUACUGCUCGUAAACAGAUAUCGCAAAUCAAAGGCUUUUUCCGUGUGAGAAAGUGUGCCGUUCUUUAACGCUCUAUGCCGCUGACGUUUGCGAUAAGCAGUGGCUUGCAUUGAACAUGGUAGAUCUUCUUCCUGUGUUGCGUGCCCCACUGCUGAUAAUAAAGCACAGCUUCUGCGACGCCCUUAUACUUGA